ACCAACUUCCAAGAGGAACGAAGGAAAGGAGAGAAUAAAAGGAGGGGGUAUCAUAAUCAGGAAAAGCAAACAUUAACCUGUCACCUCUAGCCAUUCCAUCCCAUUCGGCAACCAGAUAUCCAUCUACCCGUACCUCCACCAGAUAAAUCAGAUAGCGCUCUACGCGGUGGGGCAAAGGGCAAAAGCCGAAGAAAAAGUUUCGAAUUAUCAAACACGCGCGUGCAUCUUUUCGGAAUUUAUUCGUGGAGAAGGCGAGUAGGAUAGGACGGCUCCUUUUACACGGGAUUUUAGUGCUCAUCUUCCUCUCCGUUUCCAUUCCGCCUCACCGUUGGUGAAGCAUAUCUUAGGACGCCUACAGUGAUUUUGCGUUAUCGCCCCACGGGGUUCGCAUUUUGCGGCCAAGGCUUUCUGCGGGGUUUGGUGGUGGUCGUGUCGGGUUGUUUGGUGGCCCCCCAAUGCUACAUAAGUUUUACGCCUCGUGGUUUUGUAGCUUCAAGGUCGAUCUGGUGAUUACCUGGUUUGGACUAUUGAGGAAUUUCAGGUUUAUCGAAAGCAGCCGGAAUCAAAUUUAGCCGGGGCUUGUCAGGACGGAAGAAACACCAAUUCAGGAAACAGGAGGUGGCGCCUUUUCGCAGGCGGCUAAAUGGUUUAUACCGGUCAGGUGGCACUACUUGCCGGGGCUUGGACUUAUAUUGAGUCUGCCUGGUUUCUUUCCUUCCCAAAAUGUGAGUACUUUCCUAGGCUGGCUUAAACGAGAGACAAACCCCCCGCACGCUGCGGCUGCCAGCAGAUCCCCGGAGAAAAAUUGAGUGUAAUGGGAGUUUUGGUGAGGGCUCUCUUCGCUUCUCCGCAGUCAGAGGGAGAUGGAGAUAUGCCUGGUGAGGGGGGGAUGAGCAGGAGAUAUUUUGCAAAAGGAGAGGCCGUGGAAUGUGCAGACGAAGCAGCUUUCGGGAAGCGCAGAACUCAAGCUUCUGGGUUGGGACGUUUGGAGAGUAGAUUGCUAGACUUGUUGCUGCAGAGAUGUUUAUCUUACAACUUCUGAUGUUUGUUGCCUUGGCAGUGGCUACUCCUCUGCGGAAGGAUGCAACACAGGUUUCCCUCAUAUCAUGGACAUUUACGGAUAAUGUUCUUUCUGGCUCUGUUAGGAUACAAAAUAUCGCAUACCGGAAAGUCGUAACAGUUUUCUAUGCUGUGGGAAGCACAUGGAGCGAUAGUCAAAAGAUUUCCGCCACCUGGUCUGUUCAGGGUACGGAUGGAUAUGAAAUAUGGACUUUCUCAGGAACAGCUACCGGUGCGACUCAGUUUCACAUCAAGUAUGAUGUUAGCGGAACGUCCUACUAUGACCCCGGAAACACUGAUAAUUACCAGGUUCCUACUACAACUGGCGCAGCAACCUCGACUACUACUAUUCCCCCCACUUCGGUUGGAUCUGGUACCACAGCUACGCCCACUAUCCCAACUACUACUACUACUUGUACCGGUACACCCGUUAGUAUCGGACCUGUAGAUCCUAGUAUCCCUCCGGCAAUCAUCCCUUCCAAGAUCCCAUCCGAACCGGUCCCUACUGUUCCCUCUGGAUGCGGAAACUGGAACGGGCUGGACAAAUGCGCUAACGGCGUUUACACAUUCCCCGAUUCUGCCGAGAGGCGGCGUUGGCAGACUCCCCCGGAAGGUGGGGAUGGUUAUUUUAAAUCAUUCCAAGAUUACCGCAAUCUCGUCGGGUAUGCCGAUAUCCAAUAUAGCUCUGACAGAACUCGGGCUGUUGUUGUUGUCAAUGCUGCUAGUCGUACGGGCGAGUGUUUGAAGUAUUCCUUCAACGGCGUUGGCCAGUCGAGCAAUACCUUUCAAGUUAAUUCGGGAUUUGCUGGACAAUUGGAAAUAACAGUCACUGGAUCUGAUGGAAGUAGCCUGGUUCUCGAGCCUCUCAAUUUCUUCUGGCAAAAUGCUCCUCUAUCAGCUGCGCAGAGCACUUUCUCGGAUGGGCAAAAGGGUGGUAUUAUCGAGUUGUUUGGAUGGCCGUAUGAUGAUGUUGCAAAGGAGUGCGCUUUCCUCGGAAAGGCUGGAUGGAUGGGUGUUAAGAUUUGGCCGGCAACGGAACACGUUUGGGGAUCGCACUACUACGAGCUAGAUAACCAGUUCCGGCCGUGGUACCUCUCUUAUCAACCUGUCAGCUAUAGACUUCACUCACGUAUGGGGACAAGGGCUCAGCUGCGAGCUAUGAUCCAGGCAUGCCGCACCGAAGGUGUUCGCGUCUACGCUGAUGCAGUUAUCAAUCACAUGGUUGGCCAAGGAAGUGACAUCCAAAACCACAGAGUUUCCAGUUGCGCUAAGUACUCAGGUCGCAAUGCCACCGACGGUUCUCCAUACUUUACCUCCGGCAACACCUACCUUCUGAGCCCGUACACCGGUACUCGCCCUACUCUCGAGUUUCCAUCUGUUCCCUAUGGCCCAACUGACUUUCACUGUGAAAGAACCUUGAACUCCUGGACCGACGGGCAAGUUAUUACGAAGGGAUGGCUCUUGGGACUCACUGAUCUGAAUACCGAGAAGCCCUACGUGCAGGAUAGGAUAGCGACCUACCUUGUAGACCUUCUGUCAAUCGGUUUCACUGGCUUCCGUGUUGACGCAGCAAAGCAUAUUGGCCCCUCAUCUGUGGCGCAAAUUCUUGGCCGCGUAAAGGCGAAGAUGGGAGGCAGCAUGCCCGCGGAUUGGAUCACGUGGCUCGAGGUCAUAAUGGGCGGAGAAUCCAGCCUCUUGGCCUGUAGUGGGGGGGAAUGGUCAUGGUACACCAAUCUUGACAACCAGCUCAAGGCUGCUGGUCUUUCGGAUUCAGAGGUUACCAAGGUCAAGGUCUGGAGUUCAGAUUAUCCCAAGGAAAUGCCUAUCUGCGGCAGCUGGAUUAUUCCCGCAUCACGCUUCGCAAUUCAGAACGACGAUCACGACCAACAGAACCCUGGCUCCUCCUCUCGCGACAUGGCCAACAAAGGCUCCGUCCUUAUCAAGGACAAAGACGCCGCUAAGCACCGUGGCUUCGAAGUCCAACUCUUCUCCCGCACCGAUGCCAAUUGGCACAUCAAGCUCGUCCUCUCCUCAUACUCCUUCAUGGACAACGGCGCCUCAGGAUUCCCCGACGGACACUCUGACUGCUCCCUGUAUACCGGUAACCAGGCGAUCUCGGGAUGUCUUGGUGUGCCCAGGGAUACCGCUUAUGUUGCUGACGCGUGCUCGUACACUAUUUCGCCCGGAAAGUACACGCGUGUGCAUAGAGAUUUGCCGAUUAUUAAUGCUAUGAGGGCGUGGGUGGGGCUUGGCUCUACGACUGCGGCGGCAUUGGGGAUCUCGGGGUGUUAGAGUUGGUUUCGGGCUUGUUGUACCCGAGUACCGGUAGAGGGGGAAAGUGGCAGGAUGUGGGUGGGCGGUGCGGGAAUGAGAGAGUUGAUAAGUUGUUUGGAACCACAAGUUGUUGGCGUUUUAACAAAAACGAAUUUUGUUUUGUUUUG